CCGCGGCCGCCCCUCAUUGGCGGGCGGCGGGCGGCGGCUCCCGGCGCGCGCCGCUCCCCCCGCCCCGCCCCUCAGCGCGCGCGGCCGCGGCGCGAGCCGCCAAGAUGGCGUCAGCCCUGGAGCAGUUCGUCAACAGCGUCCGGCAGCUCUCGGCCCAGGGGCAAAUGACCCAGCUUUGUGAACUGAUCAAUAAAAGUGGAGAGCUGCUAGCAAAGAAUCUUUCUCAUCUGGAUACAGUGCUCGGUGCCCUGGAUGUACAGGAACACUCACUAGGUGUUCUUGCUGUUUUGUUUGUGAAGUUUUCUAUGCCCAGCAUCCCUGACUUCGAAACGUUAUUCUCACAGGUGCAGCUUUUUAUCAGCACUUGCAAUGGAGAACACAUUAGAUAUGCAACAGACACUUUUGCUGGUCUGUGCCACCAGUUAACAAAUGCCCUUGUGGAGAGAAAACAGCCCCUGCGAGGAAUUAGCAUUCUCAGACAAGCCAUAGACAAGAUGCAGAUGAACACAAACCAGCUGACCUCAAUACACGCAGAUCUCUGCCAGCUCUGUUUGUUAGCAAAAUGCUUUAAACCUGCCCUCCCGUAUCUAGAUGUGGACAUGAUGGAUAUUUGUAAAGAGAAUGGGGCAUAUGAUGCGAAGCACUUUUUAUGUUACUACUACUAUGGUGGGAUGAUAUACACUGGGCUAAAGAACUUUGAGAGAGCACUCUACUUUUAUGAACAGGCAAUAACUACUCCAGCCAUGGCAGUCAGUCAUAUUAUGUUGGAAUCAUAUAAAAAGUAUAUCCUAGUUUCUUUGAUACUACUUGGUAAAGUUCAGCAGCUACCAAAAUACACUUCCCAGAUAGUUGGUAGAUUCAUUAAGCCUCUUAGCAAUGCUUACCAUGAAUUAGCACAAGUUUAUUCAACCAAUAAACCCUCGGAGCUUCGAAAUCUGGUGAACAAACACAGUGAAACCUUCACAAGAGAUAACAACAUGGGGCUGGUUAAGCAAUGCUUGUCAUCUCUCUACAAAAAGAAUAUUCAGAGGCUAACCAAGACAUUUUUAACAUUGUCAUUACAAGACAUGGCAAGUCGAGUGCAGCUGUCAGGGCCCCAAGAAGCAGAAAAAUACGUCCUCCACAUGAUAGAAGAUGGUGAAAUCUUUGCAAGUAUUAAUCAGAAAGAUGGUAUGGUCUGUUUCCAUGAUAAUCCUGAAAAAUAUAACAAUCCAGCUAUGCUUCAUAACAUUGAUCAGGAGAUGCUGAAAUGUAUAGAGCUUGAUGAACGACUGAAAGCCAUGGAUCAAGAGAUCACUGUGAAUCCUCAGUUUGUGCAGAAGAGUAUGGGCUCUCAAGAAGAUGACUCAGGGACCAAACCAUCCAGUUAUUCUUGAAGUUAAUGUUGCUCACCACUCCGCUUUCAAGUAAAAGCUUAUGAAAGAAUCACGUCUGGAACAGGGCAUUGAGGAGUUCCACGAAGAGAGCAGAGAGAACUGAGCUUUGCUUUUCACCUGGACAUUAAGAAAAUAAAAGAACACCCUCUCAGUACUGUAUAAUAUCAGAAAUAUUCUCUGCAAAGAAAAAGGAAAUCUCAAAAGAAACUUGAAAGUCUGUUGUGGAUUUAUUUAUCUUCAGAUUAACAUUGUUAAUGCAUUAAAUAAUCUACCUUUUGUUUUAAAGGGUUUGAAUGUUGCCGUGUUUCUGUAGCAGUUCUCUUCUGCAAAAAAAAAAAACGUGUUAUUCAGGGAAGAAUACAAACUAGUGUUGGUUCACUUGCAAGAUAAUUACUGGUUCAUUAUUCUGUAUUUAAAGUUGGCUCAAAGUGCAGAUUUAUCGUAUGUGUGGUGGGAGCAGAGGGGUGGAGUUCAAGCAAAUCAUAAUGUAGAGAAUUUGCAUAUGCCCAAUGUAGCUGGUGUGUCUGUUAAAUGAGGAAAUAAGAACUGUUCUUCCCAAAAGGACGAGGGUGUCAACGUGUCCUUGUAAGGAAGUUUGCUGCAAAGUAGGAAUCUUAUAUGGAAAACAUACGUGACAGCUGUUUAUGAUUUUAAGUUUCUGGUACAAAAUAUCUGCUAAUAUUAUUUGCUCUUAGAUGAAACUUCUUAGACCUAAACAAAAGGAUAUUUGGAAGACGUUGGUGUUCUGGAGGAUUCUAGAUAGGAAGUUGUUUAUACUGAAAGAAAUUUAAAUGUUUGAUUCUGUGCAACUGGCAUUCAACAGGCUGAGAGUUGCUUUGGUGGAAACCAAUAUUUCUGCAUGGAACAUAAAUAGAAUUCUAUACAGCUCUCAAAAUGCAGGAUUUUAUUCGGCUAUAACGUGUUGGAAUAGUACCUGGUUUUUAAUUUACUAUUUUAAACUUUAAAACUUUCUUAUUGGAUUCUUUCAAGUGCUUCACCCCUUAAAUCAACAGGCUGUUUAAUUUUCUGUUGUUCUUGUGUAUCUGAAGAUUCUCACUGUUCAAACACCUUCCUGUCAGGCAGAAAUAAACCUGUCAUCAAAUCAGAAAACAAGAA